AACGAAUGAUAAGCUCCAUGCUAAUUGGAAAGAUUUGAUGCCUAGUGCGAUAAAUUUCGACAUACAAAAUCAAGCCAUUUCAUCUGUUGACACAUGUAAAUUUUGUGAAAAGCCCGCUAUCAUCCGUUGUUUAGAAUGUGGCGGCACCACCUUUUGUCUUUCUCAUGCAAAUGAAUAUCAUGGCUCGGCAAAUUGGUAUCACUUUUUUGAGCAAUGGAGAAAUACCGAAUAUGGCAGUCUCUUUGUAGAAUACGACCGUGGUAUUAUUGUUCUUUCCAAAAGGUGUUCAUGCUCGCCGACUUUCAUAGAUGCAAAGAAAAUAAUUGUUCAAACACUUUAUGGAUUGGCCUUCACAUACGGUGUAAUGCAAGUCUACUCUAAGUUAAAGCAUUACUAUGCCGUUAAUGCAAAGACUUCUGUUUCUACUGACGUUUACAGACAGCUUUUUAUUGCAUCCCGGUAUUUUGACUUUAAAGCACAUUCGAUAAGCCAUUGGCUGUUUUUACCUGAACGCCUUAGAGAGUUCACUGAAGAAGAAGUCGGUUCGACAGGAAAGACUGUGUGUCCAGCAUGUUUUAAAAACGAGAAUGGGCGAUAUUUUGCAAUGGCGGACGUGUGUUUUGGUUGCAAUCAGAAAGCCACGCAGGGUAUAGAAUUGCGGGAAACGGUUUAUGAUAAUAGACAGGCCCAAAAAGAAAUGGACAAUUUUGUGAUGCGAGCGGAUAAAGAUAGAAAGCCAAAUGAAGACUGUCACCACAGGGCAGGAAGGGAUGAGAGUCGGGUCAGCAAAGUAAAAAGGUUACAUUAUACUGGCCUAGCUGCAUCCAUCUGCCGUCAUGAAAUACCGGACAUGUUUGCGUAUAUCGAACUUCUUUUAAAGAAAAUAAGAGAGAGAAGUUGGAUACGCACGCUGCAUUGGAUGUAUGACGUUAAUUGUACCUUUUUGCGGUCGUUACAGGCAAACGACAAAACUCGCUUGGUACCGGAAUAUAAUGCCAUUAUGGUGUAUCACGCAACAGGCCAUAAAUUACAAUGUCAAUUGGAAUACCACCUAGAAAAAAUUUCAGAAUUUGGAAUGACAGAUGGAGAGGGUACCGAACGACUUAACUGGAAGUUGCAGCCCUUUUUUACGUCAUUAAAAGAGGGCGAAGGAACAGCUCAGAGAAUCCAAGAAAAUGUUGGCAACAAUCAGAUUGUCAAUUCCAAACGGACAAUUGGGUAUAAGCGAGCUAAAAAAACUACCCAAGCGAUAUCGAAAGCUGCCAACAAAUUAGGCAAAAACAUUCUGGCAUACAACAAUCUUUCAGAGCAGUCAGGGAAUUUUUUUGAGGAUUCUACAUCCGCGAUUCAGCCGCUGACUAUGACAAACGUUAUCGCCUCCGACUGUUGGAUUUGGCAACACUUUGACGGGCUACAGACGGCUGGUAACGUACAAUCGAGUACUCAGUGGGAGGCUAUCUGCAUUAAAGAUAAUUUUGAUAGAUCUCUCGAGGAACUAGAAGUUUUGCGAGAAGAAAUAGAAAUGUCGAGAUUUUCUGGAAGAAACACUUUGCAUGGAUUAGACAAACCGUAUCUUCUUUGUCGAACAAUUUUGACCUCCAUUACAAACGGUUGUAGAGCAUUAUUGGCUGCUGAACAUCAGCGAGUGAACAAAAGCUGA